CCUGCCCACCCCUCUCGCGGGCGGAGCGGCUCUUGGCCUUUUUUGGGCGUCUCCCUGCUCCGCGGCCCGGGCUGGCGGGCGGGCGCUCGGCUGGCGGCUGCGGCGGCAGAGGGAGACCCGCGGCAACCCCGGCAACCCCGGGCUCGGCGUCGCUGCCACCAUGACGGGAAGCAAUAUGUCGGACGCCUUGGCCAACGCCGUGUGCCAGCGCUGCCAGGCCCGCUUCGCCCCUGCCGAGCGCAUCGUCAACAGCAAUGGGGAGCUGUACCAUGAGCACUGCUUCGUGUGUGCCCAGUGCUUCCGGCCCUUCCCCGAGGGGCUCUUCUAUGAGUUUGAAGGCCGGAAGUACUGCGAACACGACUUCCAAAUGCUGUUUGCUCCGUGCUGCGGAUCCUGCGGUGAGUUCAUCAUUGGCCGCGUCAUCAAGGCCAUGAACACCAACUGGCACCCGGGCUGCUUCCGCUGCGAGCUGUGUGAUGUGGAGCUGGCUGACCUGGGCUUUGUGAAGAAUGCCGGCAGGCAUCUCUGCCGGCCUUGCCACAACCGUGAGAAGGCCAAGGGCCUGGGCAAGUACAUCUGCCAGCGGUGCCACUUGGUCAUCGACGAGCAGCCCCUCAUGUUCAGGAGCGACGCCUACCACCCUGACCACUUCAACUGCACCCACUGUGGGAAGGAGCUGACGGCCGAGGCCCGCGAGCUGAAGGGUGAGCUCUACUGCCUGCCCUGCCAUGACAAGAUGGGCGUCCCUAUCUGCGGGGCCUGCCGCCGGCCCAUUGAGGGCCGAGUGGUCAACGCGCUGGGCAAGCAGUGGCACGUGGAGCACUUUGUCUGCGCCAAGUGUGAGAAGCCAUUCCUGGGGCACCGGCACUAUGAGAAGAAGGGCCUGGCCUACUGUGAGACUCACUACAACCAGCUCUUCGGGGACGUCUGCUACAACUGCAGCCAUGUGAUUGAAGGCGAUGUGGUGUCGGCCCUCAACAAGGCCUGGUGUGUGAGCUGCUUCUCCUGCUCCACCUGCAACAGCAAGCUCACCCUGAAGAACAAGUUUGUGGAGUUCGACAUGAAGCCCGUGUGUAAGAGGUGCUACGAGAAGUUCCCGCUGGAGCUGAAGAAGCGCCUGAAGAAGCUGUCGGAGCUGACCUCCCGCAAGGCCCAGCCCAAGGCCGCGGACCUCAACUCUGCCUGAAGGCCCUCUUGCGCAGCCACCUCUUGGCCCCUCCGCCUUCUCCCCUCCCGCUGUCCAUGCUUGGCCCCCUCAUCCCCGUCCACCUGCGCCCUCCGCAUCUUACCCUCCCCUUCUCUUUCCUCAUUGCCUCCUCCCUUCCUGUUCCCUCAUCUGUGCCUUCCCCAUGUCUCUCUUCUCCUUGGCUGUGGCUUCUGCCUGUGAGGAGGCAGGAGCUGGGGAGUGGGAGCCCU